CACGAUUUAAAUCCUUAAAAUCUUACGAUUUUACGAUUCAAAUCUUUGGGUCAAUUUUACUUCCCCCCCCCCCCCCCAAAUUUGGAAAAUUACGCAUCUUUUCCUCCUCCUCCACCAACAUCCUCUAGUUCUUGCACACUAACCACAAUCGACCAUCAUUAACUCUAGCUGGACCAACACAAUGGAAGAAAAAAAAGAAUCAAGAUGGUUCUUCAAAAGAACCAGAAGCUCAACAUCAAACAUAAGCACCAACAAUAGAGAAUCCUGCUGAAAAUGCUGAGAAGAACCAAGGAAAGUCAGUUCCAGAGCAGGUACACCAGGAGGGAAACAAAAAAGGAGAUGAAGGAAAGGGAAAUGAAAUGCAUCAAGAUCAUGAACAGUGAAAAGACACAGUCAGAUGUGCUUGUUUCUAAUAAGGGAGAACAUGUGAAGAACAAUAAAGAAGAAGCUAAACAACCACCACCAAAGACUGCAGGAAACCCCAAAGACAGUGACAUAUCAUCUUUUGACAUCAGCCCACUCAAUCACCCAUCACCACCACCAAAUAUCAACAUUACUACAGCAACAACAUCACAACAACCAGAAGAACCGCGCAAAAGAAGGAUAGUGAUGAAGAAUGUGUAUGGACCAUAUAAGAAAGCAAAAAUAUCAACCCCACCAGAAGACACAACAAGCCCACAGUUGAAGAAUCAACCAUUCAUUGAAUGGUCAAACUUGUACUCGAACAGCCAAGAGAGGCUACUAGAGAUAAAUGCCUACUUGACUGCUUACAUUGAUGACCUGAAUACACCAGUCUCGCAACCAAUACCAGGAAUGAGCUCAUCAGCAGCAAAUGCACCAGUUGAAAUAAAAUAUGGUGCCAUAGAUGCAAUCCCAAUUGCAAUAAUGGUUACACCAAUACAAACAACUCCUAAUGAAGUUUUUACUGACAUCCUUGAGUACAUAAGGUGCAAAGACAAAAGAAUUGUCUCCGAGUAAGUAAAUUUCUUAAUAAAAAUUAAUUUCUUAA